AUGUCGCCCAAGAAGCGGGGAUCUACGAAAGGACCAGAAAGUAUCAAGUCAUAUAAUCUACGCGUGUCGACGUCAUUGGUUGAUCCAUCGAAUAUGUUUACUAGCGCUUGGGACAUGAGGUCGACGAAGGUAUCGAGGGAAGAAGUGAGACGAUGA